CAAACCAACUCACUUCCUUUGAUUUUCCCUGGCCAGGCUGUAAAGAUGCGUGGUGUCUUUGCUAGUUGUGCACUCGCAGCACUGCUGCUGGCUGUAGCCUGGGCAGACCACAACCAUCACGGACACAACCAUGACUCUGAGCAUAGCCAUGAGGAUGGGGUGGGCUGCCAGCAGCUGGCCUCUCCCAAUGCUGACUUCGCCUUUGCCCUCUACAAAAGUCUGAAGGCCAAGACUGCUGCUGGAAAGAACAUCUUCUACUCACCGCUGGGCAUCUCCACCGCCCUGUCUAUGCUGUCUGCAGGAGCCUGUGAUAAAACUCACAGCCAGCUGUUCUCCGGCUUGGGCUACAGCACUUUAAACCAGACUCAGGUCAAUGAAGGGUACAAACAUCUUUUCCACAUGCUGGGCCACAGCCAGGAAAAUCAGCGGCUAGAUGUUGGCAGCGGUGUUGCUGUUCAUUCUGACUUCAGUCCUCUUGAGAAGUUCCUGAAAGAUAUCAGCCAUUACUACUCUGGCGAGCUCUUUAAGGUCGACUUUUCCAAACCCGACAAGGCUGCAGCUGAGAUCAACCAGUUCAUUGCCAAUAAAACACAGGACAAGAUAAAAGAUAUGGUGCAGGAUUUGGACCCCACAGUGGCCAUGAUACUGAUCAACUAUGUCUACUUCAGAGGUAGGGCACACAGAGACAUUCUUAAAGAGAACAGACCAUGCAUGAAGAUAGCCAGUUGCUUUGAUGUACACAUAGAGAUGCUGCAUUUGUACAAGUUCAGAUGCACAUUUCCUUUUGUUGUUUAA